AUGUUUUGUGUUGUCGCUGCUGCUGUAGGUGUGGCUAGGGGGGUGCGAGUCACGGGCAGGGCUCCGCGGUUGGGUUGGGGUGAUAACGGUGGACACACGAUGUGGGUUUCGUUGGGAUGCAGAGGCCGCAAAGGAGGAAAGAAGGGUGCAGAUGGCUUAGUUGUUGAGAGGAGUCGAGAAAAGAGUGAGGCAGAGGGAAGAGGGAAUGAGGGAAAAGGGGAAGUGAAGGUGCAGGAAGAGUGGGGUUGUUCCGCGGGGAAGAAGCUACAAGGAAAAAGAGUAAGGCAAAGGGAGCUAGGAAAUGAGAAUGACGAACGAGAAGGGUACUCCCACUAA